CCGUGAGAGGGGCUGCAAUACGCGCAAAGGCCGGGAUCAUCCUCCUGAAGUAGCCCGCGAUGCCGAGGAAGCCCAUGAGGUCAGACACAUUCUCGGGCACCGGCCAGUCGGCAACCGCGCCAACUUUGUCCAGGUUGGGCUUCAAGCCCGACGGCCCAACUACUGCGCCGGCAAAUAAGACCUCGGUGAAGAAGAGCUUCGUCUUCGAUGGUGAAAGUGACAGUUGCUUCUCGCGGCACCUGGUGAAGAAGCGCUUCAGGUUCGCCAAUUUGACUUCGAAUACAUCACCUGGCAGGCAGAUAUCGUCCAUCCAAUUGACUAGUUCUCGCCCAAUCAUGUCCUCCAGUGCUGCGGCGAC